UUCAACGAAAUUUGGUUAAGUUCCAAGAAUAUAUAGGUCUUUAUAAGUAGGAGAACAUGCAAAAGCACACACAUUUUCUCUACCGUACGUUCUUGCCAUUUCCUGCGACAGGCCAGGACUACUGAUAUGGAAUAUGAAAAGGGAGUUGGAAAAGAUUUUACACAAGACGGGACUACUGAUCUUAAAGGUAGACCUGCAGUAAGAUCAACUAGUGGGAGAUGGAGAGCAUGUUACUACAUGCUAGGCUAUGAAGUGUGUGAAAGAAUGGCAUAUUAUGGGAUAGCAACAAAUUUGGUAUUGUACUUAACAAGGGAAUUGCACGAAGGGACUGUGAAAUCAUCCAACAAUGUCACAAACUGGUCAGGAACAGUGUGGCUAACUCCUCUUUUGGGAGCAUAUAUUGCUGACACAUACCUAGGACGUUAUUGGACUUUCAUGGUUGCUUCCGUCAUUUAUCUUACGGGUAUGGGUUUAUUGACUCUUGUGGUUUCACUCUCAUCUCUAAAACCACCAUCAUGUGGCAAACAUGUGAGCUACCUAGACUGUGAUAAAAGGGCGUCGCCAUUCCAAGUUGGUAUCUUCUAUUGUGCACUCUACAUCAUUGCAAUUGGAACAGGUGGAACUAAGCCCAACAUCUCGACAAUGGGUGCAGAUCAAUUUGACGAUUAUGAGCCCAAAGAAAGGGCACACAAGCUCACUUUUUUCAAUUGGUGGAUGUUUAGCAUCUUUUUUGGCACUCUUUUCUCAAACACAUUCCUAAUUUAUAUUCAAGAUAAUGUGGGUUGGAGCUUAGGGUACGGUAUCCCUACACUAGCCUUACUUGUGGCCAUAAUAGCGUUUGCCUUUGGAACUCCAAUUUAUAGGCACAAGCCAAAAGCAGAAAGCCCGUUUACUAGAAUGGCUAAAGUACUAGUUGCUGCUGUUAGGAAAUGGAACAAAAUAGUCCCCAGUGACCCUAAAGAACUUUAUGAACUGACUUUGGAUGAGUAUGCUAGCCCUGGCAAGUAUAGGAUUGACCAUUCAUCUUCAUUAAGGGUCCUUGACAAAGCUGCAGUGAAGGUGGAAGGACAGGCUUCUGAAUGGAAGUUAUGUCCUGUGACACAAGUUGAGCAAACAAAACAAAUGGUUAAGAUGCUACCUAUCUUGUGUGCAACUUUUAUUCCUAGCACGUUGUUUGCCCAAACUCAAACACUUUUCAUCAAACAAGGCACCACAUUGGAUCGAUCUAUGGGAAAUUUUCAGAUCCCACCAGCAUCUCUAGCUGUAUUUCUCACCAUUUCCAUGCUUAUUAGCAUUGCACUUUAUGACCGCUUCUUUGUACCUUUUAUACGAAAAUACACCAAAAAUCCAAGAGGUAUCACGAUGUUGCAACGAAUGAUAAUUGGACUAAUUCUUCAUGUCAUAACCAUGGCAGUUGCUAGUCUUGUAGAGAGGCAUAGACUUAGUGUUGCUAAAGAUCAUGGUAUAGUUGGAAAGGGACAAAUUGUGCCUCUAAGUAUAUUCACUCUCCUUCCUCAAUUUACAUUGAUGGGCAUUGCUGAUUGUUUCUUAGAAGUGGCAAAACUUGAGUUUUUCUACGAUCAAGCACCCGAAGGAAUGAAAAGUCUAGGAACUGCUUAUUUUACAACCAGUCUUGGUGUAGGGUUUUUUCUAAGUAGCUUCAUCUUAUCAACCGUGGCUAAUCUUACAAAGAAGAACGGACACAAAGGUUGGAUAUUAAACAAUCUCAACGUAUCUCACCUAGAUUAUUAUUAUGCGUUUUAUGCUAUUUUGAGCUUUGUAAACUUCAUAUUUUUCCUUGUUGUGGCUAAAAACUUUGACUACAAUGCCGAAAUCGGAGAAAGUGAACAAGAGUUGAAAGAAGAUACUAGCAAGUUCACAGAACAAGGGUAUAUUGCCGGAUCCUAGAUUGCAACAUAUUUUCUAGCCAGGAUAAUGUAAUUGUUGGCUUUUUUAAAUCUUAUAAUAAGUAAACAUGUAGCAUUUUUCUCAUUUUGUAAAA